AGCAAAUUUAAGCAACUUGGAGGUUCUUAUCUUGGGAGUUAAUCAUUUUGGUGGAUGACUACCAUUGCAAGAAUUUUGUGCAUUGAAGAAGCUUGAAGUGUUAGAUCUAUCUUACAAUUACUUUGAAGGGAUCCUACCUCCAUGCAUAAACAAUAUGACAUCUCUUGUGGUGUUAGAUAUUUCCAAUAACCAAUUUAAUGGAAUUGCUUCAUCAUCAUAUGUAGAAGCCAACCAGACAAGUCUCAAGUACAUUGAUUUUAGUUAUAACCAGUUUGUGGGCAUAGUCUCAUUCAACUUAUUUGCCAAUUACUCUAAGCUUGAGGUUCUUAGAUUCAAUGGCCAAAACAACAAAAUGGAAAUAGAAACUGAAGGUUCUAUGGGGUGGUACCCUUUGUUUCAGCUGAAGAUCAUUGAAUUGUCUAACUGUAGGCUGAACAAGCAGACCAGCAGUUUUCCAAAAUUUCUUCAUGCCCAGAAUGAACUAGAUACAGUUACUCUUUCUCAUAAUAAGUUGAAAGGAAGCUUUCCGAAUUGGUUGGUUGAAAACAAUACAAGAUUACACUUGCUAGAUCUUCGAAAUAACUCUUUUGUUGGUCAGUUAUAUUUAUCAACAUUGAUCCACACGAAUAUGAUCUGGAUGGAUGUCUCAAGCAAUCACUUGGAAGGAAAACUUCAAGAAAAUAUUGGCAAGAUUUUUCCAAAUUUAGUAUAUCUAAAUCUUUCCAAUAAUAAUCUUGAAGGUAAUCUUCCUUCCUCAAUUGGUGGGAUGCUUUAUUUGGAGGUAUUAGAUGUUUCUUCCAAUAAUUUCUCAGGUGGAGUCCCAAGAGAAUUAAAUACAGGUUGCUUGUCAUUGAGUAUUUUGAACCUUGCUCACAACAGCUUCAACGGUGCAAUUUUCAUUGGGACAAACCAGGAAGUUCUGCAGAUGAAUGAUAACCAAUUCACAAGUAUCACACCAGUACAUAAUUCAACAAUUCACCUAUCAUAUUUAGAUAUCAGCAACAACAGAAUUUCAGAUACUAUCCCCCGAUGGCUUGGGAACACGUCAUACUUGAGAACUCUUGUUAUGGCUGACAAUAGUUUUUAUGGUCCGAUCCCAUGUGAACUAAGUAUGACAGGUACGUUAGACCUUUCUCAUAACUUAUUUACAGGAUCGUUACCUUUUUGCUUGAAUCUACCAAAGCUUGAGCACCUAUAUUUGCAAGGGAACAAAUUCACAGGAUCAAUACCAAAAGUUCUUUUCAAUUCCACAUCUCUUUUAACAUUGGAUAUUGGAGAUAACAACUUUACAGGCAGCAUCUCUGUUGAAAUCAAACAACUUCAAAGCUUAAAAGUACUUUUGUUGAGUAGCAAUCAUUUCACUGGUAUAAUUCCGAAUCAGUUGUGCUUGUUAAGAAUGAUAAGCAUAAUGGAUCUUUCCAAGAAUACUUUUUCUGGGACCAUACCACAAUGCCUCCAUGACAUAUAUUUUGGGAAGACAGCGGCACCUAGUGUUGACUAUUUUAGUGGAAAAGUUGAUCAUAUUGGUUGGGGUAUAGAACCAACUUACACCUAUAAAGGUUUCUCAGAUUGGGAUAGUAACUCUUAUCGAUAUCUUAAAUAUGUUGAUGUAGAAGUGGAGAUCGAGUUUGUAACAAAAUAUAGGCAUAGUUCUUAUAAGGGUUCUAUCCUUGGUUACAUGUCUGGAUUGGACUUGUCAUGCAACAAACUAACAGGUGGCAUCCCAUUAGAAUUGGGACAAAUAUCUUCAUUGCAUGCACUGAACUUAUCUUAUAAUCAGUUGACUGGUACAAUUCCUGAAUCAUUUUCAAAGUUGACUCCCUUGGAAAGUCUAGAUCUCUCUCAUAAUAGUUUGAGUGGAGAAAUUCCUUCAACACUGAUUGAUCUAACCUUUCUUGAGGUAUUCAGUGUGGCCAACAACAACUUAUCAGGUAAAGUUCCAGAUAUGAAAGCACAAUUUGCAACAUUUGAGAAAAGCAGUUAUGAAGGAAACCUAUUUCUUUGCGGACCACCACUAGAUAAAAGUUGCGGCAAAGUAGAUGUGUCAUAUCCAACACAACCACAGUCUUCAAAUGCAAGUGACAAAAAAUGGUAUGAAGUAGAUCCUGUGGUCUUCCAUACAAGCUUCUUAGUAACUUACAUCAUUUUCUUUUUUAGUGUCAUCAGUCUUGUUUAUAUUAAUCCUUAUUGGUUGCAAAGGUGCUACAACUUGAUUGAAGAUCUCAUAUUUGAUGGUUAUUAUUUUGUUAUUUGGAAGCUUAAAAAAUUUCUAUGUAUGUAGAUACACUAACUUUCUAGUAGUAUCUUUAAUGAUAGUAACAAUGGUCAAUUAUCAAUGAAUUUAUUUUUAAUAAUUAGUUAUUGGACUGAAAUGUGAAGGAGGUAAAUUAGUGACUUAUAUACUCGUAUUACUAUUAUAUAUUUUAUUU